AUGAGCUGCUUCACCGGGCGCGAUGACCGACUCACCCUCGGCGCCGACGCCGACGCGGACUCCGACGAGGAGGAGGAGGAGGGGGAUGACAGCAUGACGAUUGGUGGGGGCAGCAGCACCGAGGGCUAUUUCAACUCGGCGAACGGCGCGCCGGCGUCGUCUUCCUCGCUGCGCGCGGGGGGGCUGCCGGGGGCCACUGCUGCCGCCUCUGGUGCUACCCAAGACGGCGAGAGCGGUGGUGCCAACACGGUCCACAGCGCCGGCAGCACGACCGGUGAGGUCUACCGCUUCCAAUCUGACUUCCGCGCCGCGGAGGCUUUCUGUCGCUCGCACAGCGGUAUCAGCACGGAUGGCCGCACCCUUGUUCUCCCCACGCACAACAACACCGUCCACUUCCAGUCCUCCGAGGAAAUCCUGCUGCGACUGCAGCCGCAUUUGUUUGUCGCCGCCGUCGACGAAGGCGGUGACGCCGCGGCGGAGCGUCGUGGGCUGGUCUCCCCCACGCCCUCGCAUCGUGUUCACGGUGAGUCCGCCGAGGAGGAUGGCGACAACGAAGGCGGUGCAGACGCAACGGCAGCGUCAGCGCAGAAGGAAGGCGAGAUGACUGCGACGGCCACAACCGUGUUUCAGGAAAGGCGUGAAGCCGCCUUCACGGCCGUCAGUGCGACCGAUGCAAUGACUGCGACAGCAGCAGAUACAGCGGUGGCAGAUAGAGGAGAGGAGGGGGGCAGGGGAAUGCUGCCUGUCACACGGACCGCAGAGGAGGCACGAGGUGCCGGGUCGGCCGCAUCGCCCACCGCGUCCUCCGGCAGCUCUCGAACCACCGCCGCCGCCUCCCCAUCAAGCGACGCCGGCCGUGGGCCGCACACCGGCGUUGAGGCACCAAUAACAGACUCCUUGCAGAACCCGUCAAGUGCGUCGGCCCCGGCGACGACGGCAGUGGCGACCUCCAACGAGGAAGGCGGUGUGGUGGACAGGUCCCUCCCCGCACCGGUGGAGGUCACCGCAGGAUCCACGACGACGGCGUCCACACGCCCUGCCGCCCUCCGACUGCCCCCGGCCCCCGCGGGUGCCCUCAGCUCUCCGACAGGCGCUCUUCACCACGAAAACGGCUUCUCAACGGGGCGGCAUGGGCGGGGCGCGAACUCCCUCGUGUCGGGGGCACUCAUCACGGUGGGCUUUGUCCAAAUGCGGAACAGCCUUCUCUUCGCGAUCAAGCCCAUCAACCCCCUCCGCCCCAGCGCCGAGGAGGAGCUGCGCGAGGACGUCACGGCCCUGUCGCAGUCCGCCGAGAGCGCCAGCACGGCGACGGUGAUGCGGCGACGAUGGCAGUGGAAGCACCCCGACAUCGCCGCGGAGCCGCCCCAUCUGGCGAGCUGGACACGCCUGUGCACGUGUCGGCUCUUGCCGCUCUACGGCAGCAAACCGCCCUACCCCCGCGAGGGCUUCUACACCGUCUCCCCGCAUCAGUACACCGUCACGAACCCCAGCGCCACCGGCGGGCACGCCGACCCGGCGGAUGAGAAGAAGCGGUUGCUUGAGUUUGUGCUCCAGCGGCUGCAGCAGCAGUACCAAAUCGUCGUGGACACGCCGGGGCUCGCGGCGGGGGCGCAGUGGCCGCGCGCGGACCCGUCGCCGAACGCGCGGCUGGAGAUGUCUUUGGGGCACCAAACUCACACGCUGAAGGUCGGCGAGACGGCAAAGACGAUCUCUGUCACGCGCAUGCUGCACCGUGGCAUGUACAGUAAUGGGCAGGUGACCCACAUGGUGAGCUACCGCUAUUUGCUGUGGAACUACCUCGCAGACGAGUUCGAUACACGCGAGGUGCACAUGGAGGCGCAGGUCGGCGAGCGCAACGCCUUUCGCUGGGAGUCGUUGGAUCGGUGGCUGCAGGAGCGGCCGGAGGUGGCCAUUCCACGCGGCCCCGAUCUGUGGAUGCGCUCGCGCGAGGUGGCGGUAAUGCUGCUACCCGAGGAUCCCACCCAUCCGCCGUCCUUCGACGAGUUUCAUCGCUUUAUCGGCUACCGCUUCUCGGUGCACCUGUCGACGCACGGCAAGGUGGACUGGCAGCGGCACAGCGGCGGGGUGUCCAUCGACGUACCGGACUCGACGCUGCUCACGUUUCCCGCUGCACCGCCUCUAAUGGAUGUUGUGCUCGUGCAUGACAACCCGCUGACCCUCGACACGCGCAACGUGAUGGAUCGCGUAACGGGACGUACCAUCGCCUUUGAGGUGCCGGUGGAGGAGCGCUACAUGAGCGUUGAUGUCAGUCUACCAAAGCAGUACGACACACAGUGCUGCUACUUCUUGAAGGUGUCGUGGCUGGUCUGUGCCGCGCCGCUCGUGGUGGACUGGUUCGGCUCCUUCAUUGCUAACGCCUCCCGCUUUGGCUUUCACGCGGUGCCCAUGUCUUGCUACUACACCAGCCCCAAGGCGGAGUCCCUCACCGCGCACUACGACGUCGAGGCUGCCUCGAUCGCGGAGGAGCCGCUUCUCCGUCGCGCCCUUGCGGAGUUGCUCGUCUCCCCUGCCUACCGCUACUACCCCGACACUCCGACCAUUACCCGCAACUGCCGGCUGGUGCACCUCACCGGCUUGUGCUGCGUCGUUCUGCCCCCGAGUGUGACAAGGGUGGCGCAGUGGUAUCAAAAUGCUUGUCUGCGGCAGGGCUCUGUGGAGCAGCUGGAGUUGCUGGUUCAGUUCAAGGAGGCGGAAGCGCGCGCGCGGGAGCGUGUCGCGGCGAUGCUGAGCGGACCGCACGCAUAG